AUGGGCGACCCCACCUUCCGAGCGGCUGCCAACUUUGCCGCGCUCUUCGCCAAGAAGAGCGAAAACGACCAAGACAUUGUGGCGCAGCAGGUGAAGGAGCUCGACGAGGCCGGGCUCUUCCGGCUCGUGACGGCCAACGACGUGCCGGGCACGCUCGCGCACCUCGCGACCGCCGAAGCCGAUCUCGCCAAGCGCGACAUUGUAGGCGCGACGCCGCUCCUGAUUGCGUUUCUGUACCAGCACUUUGCCCUCGGCAAAGCCAUCAUCGAGGCGUUCCCAGUCGAGAAGGGCUACCCGUACGCGCUCAUGACGUACGAAGACCGGGGGAGCGCCGUGUCGCCCUACCGCGGAGAGAACGCUCUGCACAUCGCUAUCGUCCACCGCAAGCUCGACAUCAUCGACUGGCUCGUGCAGCGUGUGCCCGACCUCCUUGACGCCGAGACGACCGGCUCCUUCUUCGCACCGGGCACGCCGUGCUACCUCGGUGGGACGCCACUGCUCUUUGCCUUGGCAAGUCACUUGCUGGAGGCAGCGACCCUCAUCUUGGCUGCUGCCGCGAAGGCGCCUGCAGGGUCGCCGGCCGCGAAAACCUCGAUCGCGAUGACCGAUGGUUUUGGCAACAAUGCACUGCACCUCGCUGUCGUGCAUGACCUUCCCGACGUCUACGACUUUGCGAUCAAGCAUGCCAUGGCGCUGUACCCGUACGCCUGCCCCGCCCGGUUCGAGCCAGCAAACGCGGCGCCGUACGACCUCUCGGCCUUUCUAAAGCAGCUCUACGGCACAGACAAGGCCGCGUUCAGUCAGUUUCUGAGCCAACCCAAUGGCGAUAACCUGAGCCCGCUGACGAUGGCCGCCGCCAUGGGCAAAAGCACCAUGUUCCAGCAUAUUCUGAGCGCCCAGACCACGACGGCGUGGAUGUACGGGCCCGUGACGGCCAAAAUGAUCCCACUCCGAGGGCUCGAGGAGCCGUACGGCGCCUCACCCGCCACGCACGUCCACAAGACUGCCAUUGAGUGCCUCUGCUCGUACCGGCGGAUCUCGUGCUGCAUCCCCGUCGCGACCACCAGCGACACACUACGGGCGCGACUUGACCUCCUUAGCACCUUUGAGGUCAAGACGCUUAUCGAUAAAAAGUGGGCCUUUGUCGGCGGCGCAUUGUUUCAUCGCGCGUGCGUGCGCCACGUGCUGUACACGCUCGUGCUCACUGCGUCGACGCUGGCGGCAGACCACUACCGCCACCACCCGUUCAGCGUGCGGCGCGGCGGCUACUCGCUGCUCGCCGAUCUCUACAUUCUACUGGAGACGUAUGCCAAGGUCGCACGCGAGAUCCGCGAGAUCCGAGUGCACGGCGUCCGCGACUACUGGCACGACACGGGGGCCGCCAUGGUCGAUACGGUUCUCAAGCUCAGCCAAGUGGUCAUGGUCACCGGCGCCGUCGUCGCCCGUCUCCAGCGCCAGCUUGAGUGGGAAGACUGCUUUGUCGCUGGCGCGCUCCUCGGCGCGUACAUGCACAUGCUCUUCUUCCUCUACGGCUUCCGGCGCACGGGUGCCUUCAUCGUGAUGCUGCAUCGCAUGCUCUUCUCCGACGCCGUCCGCUUCACGCUUGUUUACGUGUCGAUCCUCCUCGGCUUCGGCACGAGUUUGUAUGUGAUCGUCGACGCGCGCGACGGGCCUGGUCCGCUUGGCGACCGGCUCAAGUCGCUCGUGCUCGCGGCGUUCGCAGCCACGUUUUCGUUUGACGAGUACCGACUCUGCCGCAUGCCGAUUCCCGCCCAGCUCUUCAUCUUUGCGUACAUGGUGCUGGUCGUCAUCGUGCUCAUCAACCUCUUGAUUGCCAUGAUGGGCAACACGUACGACAGCAUCAUCGAUGGCGCCGAGCAGCGGUGGUACGCCGAGCGCGUCAACAUCAUGAGCAGCCUCACGACGGGGCUGGCUCGCGACGCCGUGGCGCGAAGCCGGCUCAAGUACGCUGUCGAGCUUGGCCAUGGACUCGCAAAGGAGCGAUACUUGCAAGUGGAGCUCGUCGACGUGGAGAAAUGGCGAGCCCCGCCGCUCGUAGCGCCCGAUGAGCUACCACUGCCACCGAAACCAGUGCUUGUAUCGGUCGCAACGCAGACGCAGACGCGGCAUCCAGUCCGAGUGCAUGAUGCGACGACCAACACCCCUCGGCUGCGACAAGCGACGCCCCAUAAAAAGGAGUCCAAGCCUCGGCGCGCAGAGGUUGCACCAGAAACGCUCGUGCCGCUGCAGCAUGUUGUUCAUGGCCCCCUGCGUCGACGCCUGGGCCAGCAAGCGCAAUAUCAAUCGUAGUGUCUGUAUGUAAUCUCGAUAAAAGGCUAGGACAAACCAACAAUGACACGCUGUUGGGAUUGGGGC